AUGUUUAUUUCUACUUCAUACUUUUGUUUCAUUUUAGUACCACUACGUACAAGUUCUACUGAUAUUCAUCCGAAUGCAAAAUGGACACAGAAUGGUAUCACUGUUGCUGGAGGAAAUGGACGAGGCAGUGGAAUCAAUAAACUCUCUCUUCCAUGGGGUUUGUACGUCGACGAUGAUCAAACGAUUUAUGUCGCUGAUCGUGCAAACCACCGUAUUAUGGAAUGGAAAUCUGGUGCAACGAAUCAAAAAGUGGUUGCUGGUGGAUAUGGAUAUGGAAAUGGAACUCAUCACUUAAGACAUCCACUAGAUGUGAUUAUCGAUAAAGAGAGAGAUAGUCUCAUCAUCAGCGAUUGGAGGAAUAGAAGAGUAGUUCGAUGGCCUUGUCGAAAUGGUACUUGUGGAGAAACAAUCAUUUCGAAUAUCGCUUGCAUCGGUUUGACAAUGGAUGAAUAUGGAUCUGUCUAUGUCGUUGACGAUAGAAAACAUGAAGUGAGACGAUAUAAAAUUGGUGAUACUAAAGGAACAGUGGUUGCAGGUGGCAAUGGAAAAGGAAAUCAUCGCGAUCAACUCUCUAACCCCCGCUGCGUAUUUGUUGAUCGAGAUCAUUCUGUAUAUGUGUCUGAUUGGGGAAAUCAUCGUGUAAUGAAAUGGAAAGAAGGUGCAAAACAAGGAAUUGUCGUAGCCGGUGGUCAAGGAAAAGGAAAUAGUCUUACACAACUGUAUUAUCCUGAAGGAGUCGUUGUCGAUCAAUUGGGUACUGUCUAUGUGGCUGAUUGUUCUAAUGAUCGAAUAAUGCGUUGGCCAAAAGGAGCCACACAGGGAAGUGUCAUUGCUGGUGGGAACGGUCAAGGAGCACGGUCAAAUCAACUCAAUGGUCCCAUUGGUUUAUCAUUUGAUCGACAUCGUAAUCUCUAUGUCGUCGAUACGGACAAUCAUCGAGUACAAAAAUUUAAUAUCGAAUGA